AUGCAUGAAUGCAAGGACUUGAGAAAAGAACCAGAAUCUGUUAUUUUGGUCUCACUUGCGAACGUUGUAAAUGCAUCGAUGGAGGAGUGUGUGAGAUCACUCCACAUGUCACUUGAAAUCGCAAGUCAAACAUUUUCAUCCGAGGCAACUGACACUAUAGACCUAUUGGAUCUUCCAGAAGGUUCUUUCUCCAAAUCCAGGCCUUUUUAG